GGGAGGGAGGGAGAGAGAGAGAGAGAGAGAGAGAGAGAGAGAGAGAGAGCGAGCGAGAGCGAGGACAGCGGACAGUACUGGGAUAGCGAAGACAGUCGAGACUCGGACCGGGAGUGUAUCGGGGGUUUUCCGGGGAGAUGCUGUCCCCACCGAGGAGAUGGAUCAGAGAGCAGCCUCUGAGCUCUGUUACCUCGUGUGUGAGGAGAGGGCUGUGCAGCAGGCGUCACUCUCUAUGGAUUUUACUCAUCCUGCUUGUGGUCUGCAUUGCCAUUCAGACCUUCGUUGCUCGCCAGGCCAGGAAUGACAAACUGACAGGACUCCCACAUCUGAGAUUCACUGUCAGCAAACAGCACCUGUUUCCUACUCUGCAAAAUGUCUGGGAGGGCCUUCACUCUGAGUCUUCACUGGCAGUAAAGCCGGACGUAAAGUCACUACAGACGGAAAGAAUGGCAGAUCUUCAUCAUCAGAACGAGGGAUAUGGAAAGCCAUCAGAUUAUAUUGUCUCGAGACAUGUGGAAAAAAUCGUCAACCGCAUUACAGACUCUCAGAUGGAGGCAACAAAAGUUUCACCUGGAAAUCCGCUCCUACCAAAAUAUGAAACAAAACAGAGCCAUGGACUGCAAGGUUUUUUGGUGCUCCCCAGUCCCAGGAAAAGUUUAAUUGCAGGCACAGACACUCCCACUUCAUCCAUUUUUUUAAAGACUCGCACCAACACUUUCCAUACUAAAGCAACCUGCCACCCGAAGUCUCACAUUGUUUUCCUCAAGACACACAAAACUGCAAGCAGCACUAUUUUAAACAUCUUGUAUCGCUAUGGUGAAAGCAGGAACUUGACCUUUGCCCUCCCUCUGAACAAACACAGUCAGUUGUUUUACCCAUUCUUCUUUGCUUCACAUUUUGUGGAAGGUGUCAGCAGCAGAAGUGUGAGGGAGUUCCACAUUAUGUGCAACCACAUGAGGUUUAGAAAAUCAGAGGUGGCAAAAGUGAUGCCUCAGGAUACCUUCUACUUUUCCAUCCUGAGGCAUCCUGUGGCCAUGAUGGAGUCCAUCUUUAUUUACUACAAGAGCAUCCCUGCCUUCCAUAAGAUUCACAGCCUGGAUGAGUUCCUAGACACAAGCAGAAGAAGCUACAACUCAUCAGUGGCCAACAACCACUACGCCCACAAUAUAAUGGCUUUUGACUUUGGCUUUGACAACAAUGUUGCAGCUGAUGCCGAAAACCUGGAGGAGAAAGCCAGCAUGACUAUUGCAGCUAUCGAACGGGACUUCCACCUCAUUCUUAUUUCUGAAUACUUUGAUGAGUCCAUGAUUAUGCUCAAGAAUGCCCUCUGCUGGUCCCUGGAAGACGUGGUUUCCUUUAAGCUCAACAGUCGCAAUGAACGAACUCGUCGUAUGCUUUUACCAAACACUGCAGAGAAAAUCAAGAGGUGGAAUGCUAUAGACUGGAGGAUCUACCUGCACUUCAACACCACCUUCUGGCACAAAGUGGAUAGUCUGGUUGGGCAAGAACAGAUGAAGUGGGAAAUAUCUCAGUUGAGAGAGCUACAGGCCAAACUAGCAAAUACAUGCCUGAAAGAUGGCAGGGCAGUAGAUCCAUCCCAGAUUAAAGAUGCUGGGCUGAAGCCGUUCCAGUAUGGAGCAGCUGUCAUUCAGGGCUAUAACCUAAACACACACAUAGACAGACAAACCAAAACCAAAUGUCAGCGAUUUAUAACUCCAGAACUGCAGUACACAGACCAUCUGUACACCAAGCAGUUCCCCGAGCUAGCUGAUAAGCACAGACAAGCGGGUAGAAUAGCUGCUCCACAGCAUCAACGCUCAGGCAGAGCCGCUAUGAUGGGAAUGGCCUGGGCAAGGGAAGCCCAUCACAGACAGAUCAUAAGACACAGAUUCUCAAAUUUCAAGAACCAAAAGGCCUCCACAAGUGCUCUAUUAACACAUACAGAAACUAAUAACAAAACAAGUAUGCCAUGAGUGGUAUCUGUAACUAAGUCACAGGAAGAUGUUUAUACUUUGAGAUAUGAAAGCAGCUUUUCAGUCUAAUGCUCCCUUUCUAUAAUUAUAAAAACUAAAGCUAGUGACCCCAGUGUCCAUUAUAGACCAUACUAUGGAAGUGUUAAUGUUUUAAAGAGUUCGGUCUAGACCUGCUCUAUUUGAAAAGUGUCCUGAGAUAACUUCUGUUAUGAAUUGGCGCUAUACAAAUAAAAUUGAAUUGAAUUGAAUUGAAUUAAGAUGGAACUACAUACUGCUAUUUUUAUAGACUAGCCAGUUGUGGAGCAACAUUUUUUUUUUUUUGUUGUGUCCAAAAUUUAAAGGAUUCAUACUUUUUUUGUGACAGCCAAAGAUAUCUCCUCUGUGUAAAGUCGAAAAUUUGGCCUGACAGUGGAACCAAACAGAAACUCAUAUUACCACCAAAUGAGGACGGUUAGUUUGUGAAUAUCUUCAGCAAAUUUCAGCAUUUUCUAGUCCUAUUGUCACAAUAACAUUGUAUAUUCGUGUUCUUCAAAAAGAAAUGUGACCGUUACAAAAAAUCAUUAUUCUCAUCUACCACCUCUAUGGUUAAGGCUUGUUUAAGUUUAGGCAACUACAUCUAGACAUUCACACUAGAGAACAAAAGUGAUGAUGGUUAAAAAAAACAAAACAUAGUUGAGUGGUAGUAGGAAAUGUUGGAAGGAGCAUGGUGGGAUGUAGUCAAAGUGAGACACUUUCUACUCCCAACUAUUCAAUACAACCUCCUCUGGCACUAUUACAGUCUCACAAUACUUCCACCGUUGCUUCUCAACAGUCAUUAUUCGCUCAACCACUACGGUUGCUAGACAAGAAGACAUAAACAUUGUUUUAAGUGUUUGACCAAAUGACCAUGUAUGUACCUUGUCAUGGACCGUAGGCAUUUGUCAAGGGCAGGCCUCUUCAACCUUUUUGAAAGUGAGGGCUACCUAGAGGGAGCUUUAGUGAUUUACACAUACAGGGUUGAACCAGUUUCAGUUGGAAUUGUGGGUGUUAUUUUUUCUCUGGUGGUGGUAUUAAAACUGAAAAAUCUUAUGAGAAAUAUACUGCUAUAAACUCAGUCAAAAUCUAAAAAUGGAACUGGGCAAGGGCUCAAGCCACCACUGGGAUACAGAUAAGGAACCCCAAAAUGCAGAAGGGCAGAAUAGAGAACCACUCAGAACAUGUAAUGAAGUCUAGUCCCAAUAUUCUGUUUUAAUUAAUAAAAAUAUAUCAGUGA